CAAAGUUCAACUUCAAAAACUUUUUCCACAUAAUAAUGCAAAAUUGAUCAAUACAACAACUCUGAAAAUGCUUAGAGUAGCAUUAUACAAACCAUGUCCUCAAAGUUCUACACUUUUUUCUCAAGUAUCUUCAUUGGGGAAGAAUAGUCGUGUAUUAAAUGCACACUGUUUAAAUUCUCAACAAUAUAGUACCACGAAUACUUCAAACCGUGGAACAGAAGAACGAGAAUACUUGGAGAGAAAUAAAGUUCCAACUUAUCAUUUCCAGAAAAGUUUACCAAGACUUCCAGUGCCAACUUUAGAAAAUACUUGUAAAAGAUAUCUGGCAUCUCAACGUCCAUUACUAAAUGAUGAAGAUUUUAGUAAAACAGAAAAAAUUGUUCAAGAGUUUGGGAAUGGUGCUGGUAAAACUUUACAAGAAGAAUUAAUUGCUACUGAUAAGAAAAAUAAACACACUAAUUAUGUUUCAGAUGCAUGGUUUGAUAUGUAUCUACGUGAUAGAAGACCAGUGGUAUUAAAUCAUAAUCCAUUUAUGGUAUUUAAUGAUGAGACCAGACCAGAAUACAAUACACAGUUGGUUAGAGCUACUAAUAUGGUGGUAUCUUCUAUUAGGUUUAUGAAGACAUUGAAAGCUGAAAUUUUGGGCCCUGAAAUAUUUCACAUGAAUCCUGCCAAGAGUGAUACUGCAAGUUUUCGUAAUUUUGUAAGACUCUUACCAGAAGCUGUGGCAUUCUAUGGAGCCUACUGGUAUAAAGCAUUUCCUCUUGACAUGAGUCAAUUUAAACGUUUAUUCUGUUCAACUCGUAUACCAAGACAUGACAAAGAUGAACUCUACAGUAAACCUGAUUCUAAACAUUUAGUUACAUUUCGAAAUGGAAAUAUGUAUUUAUUUGAUGUCCUUGAUAGAGAUGGUAACAUUGUGUCUGCCAGUGAGAUUAUGUCUCAUAUUAAAUUUAUACUGGAUGACACAACACCUAGACCAGAUCAUCCUGUCAGUAUUUUAACCACAGAAAACAGAGACAUAUGGGCUACAGUUAGAACACAACUUAUAAAUGCAGGUAAUGAAGUAGCAUUAGAACUAGUGGAUAGUGCUGUGUUUACAUUAAUAUUAGAUGAUGAUAAGCCAACAGAUCCAAAUGCAGUUUCCAGGUCCUUCUUGCAUGGUGAUGGCAUAAAUAGAUGGUUUGAUAAGAGUUUUAGUUUAAUAAUAAAUAAAGCUGGUACAGCAGCUGUAAAUUUUGAACAUUCCUGGGGAGAUGGUGUAGCUGUUUUAAGAUAUUUUAAAGAAGUCUUCAAGGAUUCAAUUCAAAAGCCUAAAGUGAACAAAAAUACUAUACCAUCUAAUAUAGAUUCUUCUAAAAGUGUCCAGAAAUUAGACUUCAGAUUAGAUGGUAACAGCAAGAAGAGUAUAGAUGAGGCCAAAAAGAAAUUUGAUGAAAAAAUCAACACAUUAGAUUUACACCAUUUAGAAUAUAAGAAAUUUACUAAAAAGUUUAUUAAAGAGAAGAAAUUAGGUCCAGAUUCUGUUUUACAGUUAGCUAUACAGAUGACCUAUUAUCGUAUGUUUGGUAAAACAGUAGGAACCUAUGAAUCUUGUAGUACAUCAGCAUUUAAACAUGGUAGAACUGAGACAGUUAGACCCUGUACCACGGCUACUUUACAUGUCUGUGAUUUAUUAUUCAACCCUAGAUCAUCUUAUACUGUAGAAGAACUACAAGCUGCUCUAAAAGAAUGCUCUAAAAUUCAUUUUGAAUUGACUAAAAAUGCUGCUAUGGGUCAAGGCUGGGAUCGUCAUCUGAUGACAUUGAAGAGAAUGUCAGAAUCACAUGGUCAAUCAUUAGACAUAUUUACUGAUCCAGCUUAUAAAUAUAUUAAUCAUAUAAUAUUAUCUACUUCCACACUAUCUGAUCCUAGUGUUUUAAUUGGUGGUUUUGCUCCAGUUGUACCUGAUGGUUAUGGUAUAGGUUAUUCUGUAGAAGAUAAUCGUCUAGGUUUCAAUGUAACAAGUUAUCAAGAUAAAAGUGUCCAUGAUUUUAUUGAGAAUGCUAGUAAAUCAUUGGAUGAUAUAUAUAACAUAUUACAAGGACAGAAACCAGUCAGAUUAUGAUGAUGGACGAGAAAUAGAACUUCAGACACUGGUGCAUAACAUAAGUUUAUUAAUGUCGUUGAAGAGACAAUUUUGUCCACUCCUGAAAUUCCAAGCUACAAUUAUGUGUAUAAAACCAGUAUAAAUCCUUACGUUUAAGUAAUGAAAAAUGACGAAUGGUAAAGUAAUGAUGGCUUCAGAUUCAAUGUUUUUGUUUUUUUGGCAUUUGUGUUAUUUAUAUUUUUGAGGUUAUAAAAUGUUAAACAGUCUUUUCAUUUAUAUUUUCAAUAGCCACUCAAAGGACAUACUCAUCUAAAUAAAUAGGACUUGGGUUGGCUUGUUAUGAUAAUAUAGAUCUGGAAAACUGGCAUUACUUCCAUUGUUUUAUGGUUGAAGAGCGGAUCAUCAUAUUUCAUGUCUGAAAAGUUAUACAUGCUACAAAUCUCACAAUAAAUGCUAUGAGUACUUUUCAAACAUGAGAAAUAAUGAUAAGCUGCAAUUUGUCAAUUAUGUAAACAAGCGUGUAAUUAAAUCUAUAUUAAAUUGACUGAAAACUU